GGCAUACUCGAGGCACCACGAAUCUGAUCAAGAUGCCGCUGUCUCAGUCAGCUACAGAGAAGGAGACGUUGGAUGAGUACUUGCUGGCUGAAGAGUGAGGGACCUGCUCAAUGCUGCUGAGUUCUUCACAAAGACACCGCUACACGCAACACCACGCUCAUCCUCCUUUGCUCUGUUCGUCAGUUCAGCUCUUGCUCAUCAGUCUCAGCACACAGCUACACUCGCUACUACAGACUCACAAGCAUGCAUCUCAUCAGCAUCACAAACAUCCUGGGACUCGCUGGCUUCGGCAUGCCCUCCAUCUCAGCCCAGUCUAGCACUACGGACAUGUCCAGCACAAUCGCAGUACCUUCCCAGACAAUCACAACAGCAACUGUAGCUCUCCAACCAGACGAUAGCAUCCGCAAUGCACAGGGACAGACUGCGACUGCGCAGUUUCCAGUAGAGACACUCGCACCUGGCUUCACUCGUCAGAUAUCCGUCUGCUAUCAGUAUGUCAAGAUGACAACAGAAUGCGAUGGUAGCGUCGGUAUUGAAGUCAACCUCCGUCCGUUCCCUGCACUACCACCAGGUGAUCGAUUCACCUUCUACCUGACGCGUGGAUCCCUCGUCAAUGGAGACUGCAAUGCCACUGGUCCUGUGAUUCGUCAUGGAGAACUAUCAGCCAUGGUAGGCGGUAUUCCUGCACUCUCCGACCCGUACGCAGCAACUUUCGUGACACCCUAUCUCAGCUUCGAUACAAAUGAUGCGGCAGUGUUUGUGGGAGGCACGAUCUUGGUGGUUGCACGUCCUGAUGGUGUCCCAGUGACGUGUGCGCCUGUCGAGGUGAUGACACCCUACAUUCCAUACGUGGCAAACAUGACACAAUCACUGUGCGUCUCUGUGGCAAGCAGCAGUAUGCGUACGGUGGCUAUGAAGACUGGGAGCGGUACACAAGCACAACAAACAGGCACACGCACAGGCACGGGUGUAGGAAGUGGUGACAUGGGAUUCGGUGCUGGGUUGGUCUCUUCUGCUGCUGCUGGCUUUUCGGCAUCCUCGUCGAGUGGCAGAGUGACGGGUGGUGCGCUGGUGAUUGUGUUGCUGUUCCUGGUGGGCGUGAGUGUGGUGUAGUCUUCUUCUUUUUUGUACUCUCAAACUUGAUUAUUUGCCAGACACCACAACGCUCAAUACUUUCAGCUCGUUGCUCUCAUCGUCUGCUCUACUCUGCUCUACUCUGCUCUACUCUGCUCUCAUCUUCCUCUCUGCUCUGCUCUGCUCUCUGCUUCUCUGUACACGCUUAGUAUGCACUGCGUCAGACACUACCUCGCUCUUCUCUGCGUGGCCUCAGGCGGCUCUGCUUUCUUCACGCUCUCUCUACUGCUCUCUACUACGCUUCAACAUCGUCCAUGGUGAGAUACUCUUGCUCGUAGUACCGCAUGAAGCAUUCUGUUUGGCAUUCGCAAGACUUCGCCACGCCAUUCAGCGGACUCUGGCUAUACCAGCGACGAUGAAUGGAGGAGAAGUCUUGUCGUAAUUGCUUCACUCAGUGCUUUUGCCGCUCUACAAUUUCCGCGAGACCAUGCUGACG